CUUCGGAGCGAACGAAUCUACUACCCCGGUCUCCUUUGACAGACGGGGAAGCGCGUGCGGUUCUCGUACCAACUCCUACACCGUAUCUGAAGAUCAUAAAAUUGACUACGUUCCAUUCGAUUCGAGUACGUACGAAUCAUAUUUCCGGUGAUAACCAUCGUUAAGAGAAACGUAAUUCUCGUGAGAUAUCCUUAUCGAAUUCCGAGGAACUUUGUUCUGUGAGCUGUGCCAGUCGUGUAGAGAGACAGCGUUACAGUAUACGCGCGUUCUAAACCUUAACGAAUACGAUAUAUCGACAGUGAAGAAGGUACUAGGAACGUAGGCGAAACAUUGAAGAAGAAGGAACGAGUAGAUUGUCGAGCGAGUAUUAAAGACAACGGGAGUUAGAGGAAGGCAAGGUCGUAGAAAGGCGGUGUCGGUGUUGUGUUUCCAAUAAACCAUUAGAGACGAACGUAUUUGGAAUCAAGACAACACUAUCUUCUUAUUCUUCCUGUAUUCUCUAUCGACAGAGAGACAGCCUAAUAAUCGCGUCGAAGGUGCCAGUGAACGAUCUCGUGCAACGAGAAUCCCGAUGUGUCAACGCGGCUGCAUUAUAGCCACUACUACUCUGUGCCUCGCACUAUCUAAUCCCGCCGCGUAUACGUGCGUCGUCCUCGUCCGCGUCGUGUGACGUGUGCGUGAAGAGAAAAGAGAGAGAGAGAAAAAGAGAGAGAGAGAGAGAAAGAAAGAGAGAGAGAAAAAGAGAAAGGAGCGGGCUUGCCGGCACGGAAUACACAAUAGAGCAAGAGAGGCGUCUCCAUAGGCGGACGUGAAGACGCGAUACGAGACUGCGUUCACGCCGUACUUUCUUUCUCGCUCCCUCUCUCUGUGUGUUGUUUUCUCUCUCUCUCUUUUUCUCUGUACAGCAACUCUUUCUAGUCAACAAAAUAAAAAAAUAAACACAAAAACAACACGUAAAGAGAAGAGAAGAGAAGCGAGCAUCGAGAAAAAUCAAAGAAGAGACAGCAGCACCAUCAACUACGACGACGACGACGACGACGACGACGACGACGACAACGACAACAACGAGUACGAGAACAAGGAAAACGACGAUAACACAACAACAACAACAACAUCAGCAACAACAACAACACUAAUAAUAAUAAUAACACAACGACGACGACGACGCCAACGACGACGACGACGUCGUCGGCCGAGAGAGGCGCGUGUACGCGCGCUCUACGAAUAAUCCAGCUUUCAUACGACUUAUCGUAGCUGAUUCUACUACUGCUUUCCUUUAAAGAGAACGUCAAAGCUAUACUCAGAGCCGGUCGACUCCUUCGACCUCCUCGUCGUCACUAUGGCGGACGACGAGGUUCUCUUCGACGAAGUUUACGAGCUCUGCGAGAUUAUCGGCAAGGGACCAUUCAGCGUCGUUCGGAAAUGCAUUCACCGACAGACCGGCCAGACUUUUGCUGUAAAAAUUGUCGACGUGGCCAAGUUCACCUCCAGUCCGGGCCUGAGUACAGCUGAUUUAAAACGUGAGGCCACAAUAUGUCAUAUGUUGAAGCACCCGCACAUCGUCGAGCUACUCGAAACUUACAGUUCCGAGGGUAUGCUCUAUAUGGUGUUCGAAUAUAUGGACGGCUCGGAUCUAUGCUUCGAAGUAGUUCGACGAGCGACCGCUGGUUUCGUCUAUAGCGAAGCAGUUGCUAGCCACUACAUGAGACAAAUCCUGGAGGCAUUGCGCUACUGCCACGAGAACGACAUAAUCCAUCGUGAUUUGAAACCGCAGUGCGCCUUACUCGCAGGAAAGGAAAAUUCUGCGCCGGUGAAGCUGCGCGGUUUUGGUGUCGCUGUGCAACUUCCUGCGUCCUCGCAGGCAAACGGUGUUGGGCUGACCUCCCCGAGCUGCAAUUUCCCUUUCGAGGACCUGACCGACGCCGAGGAUUCGCUAGUCAGCGACACGGAGGACAACAUUGGUCGCGUUGGAUGUCCACACUUCAUGGCACCGGAAGUGAUUCAACGUCGGCAGUAUGGGAAGCCAGGUGACGUUUGGUCAGCUGGUGUUCUUCUUCAUGUUCUUCUUACCGGCACCCUUCCAUUUGUGGGUUCUCGCGAAAGGCUACGAGAGGCAAUUUGUAGAGGACGAGUUCAGAUGGAAACACCGUUGUGGGACUCCAUUAGCGAGCCAGCGAAGGACCUCAUACAGAGAAUGUUAACGACGGAUGUAAAUCACAGGAUCACUAUUCAAGAAGUCCUCAAUCAUAAAUGGCUCAGAGAUCGCGAUAAGGGAGCAGCACGAAUACAUUUAGGCGACACUAUAGAAGAACUUAAAAAAUUCAACGCAAGACGAAAAUUGAAAGAUGCUGUGAAAGCUGCUGUCUCUUCGGCAAAGUGGCACGCCCCUUACUCGGAAACUAAUGGCGACAGCCUUUCCGAUGUUGGCGAUGACGAAGUCACGGCUACCGGAGCUGUCGCUGAAAUUUUGGACUCGCUCGACGAUAUUGAAGUUUUGCAAGAAAGCGGUAGACUGACGCGCGGUGAAAUUCUUAACGCAGUUGAGGACUAUCGCCUUCGAGCUAUUUUAGAGCUUUAUGACAGGAUCUCAAGUCGCGUACCUACACCAUGCCGAGCGCCACAAACAGACGCUGUGCAACGUGCGCGGGAAGUCGAGGAGAUCCUUCGGGAAGCGGAACACUCGACGGUACGAAACAUCGAUAGAGCCGACCUUCGAGAACUUCAAGAACUUUUGAUGCAGCCGCACAUGAGGGCAUUGCUGCAAGCUCACGACGUGGCAGGCCACGAGGUUUAUGGCGAGGAAGCUACGAGAGUGACACCGCCCCCGUUGUUACCGUAUCUGAAUGGCGGUGAUGACCUCGAAGGUCAAAACGGCGAUCUUGAACUCGAGAACGUUACCCGCGUCAGAUUGGUGCAAUUCCAGAAGAAUACGGACGAGCCGAUGGGAAUUACCUUAAAAAUGAACGAAGAUGGAAAAUGUGUAGUAGCAAGAAUUAUGCACGGUGGGAUGAUCCAUAGACAAGCCACUCUUCACGUCGGUGAUGAAAUUAGAGAAAUCAAUGGAAUACCCGUCGCCAAUCAAUCCGUUAAUGCCUUGCAAAAAAUUCUCCGUGAAGCACGAGGAUCGGUGACGUUCAAGAUCGUGCCAUCGUACAGGAGCGCACCACCCCCCUGCGAGGUACAAUUGUUCAGGAUUAGGCCUCUGCCAGUGUUAAUAUUCGUGCGCGCACAAUUUGACUACGAUCCUUUAGAAGACGAACUAAUACCGUGCGCACAGGCCGGCAUUGCCUUUAAAACAGGCGACAUCCUACAGAUUAUUAGCAAGGACGAUCAUCAUUGGUGGCAAGCACGUAAGGACAACGCGGCUGGUUCCGCGGGUCUAAUUCCUUCGCCCGAACUUCAGGAAUGGCGUAUUGCUUGUAUGGCAAUGGAAAAGAACAAGCAGGAACAAGAUGCUGAAGGAGAAGGAGGAUGUUCUUCUCACACCGAAGGCUGCGACGGUUCGACAGUGAAUUGCUCGAUAUUCGGAAGGAAGAAGAAGCAAUACAAGGACAAGUAUCUUGCGAAACAUAAUGCAGUCUUCGAUCAGCUGGACCUGGUCACCUAUGAGGAAGUCGUUAAACUUCCCUAUCCUGCCUUCCAACGCAAGACUCUGGUUUUACUGGGAGCACACGGUGUUGGUCGUCGACACAUCAAGAAUACGAUUAUUGCGAAGCAUCCCGAUAAAUAUGCCUAUCCUAUUCCGCAUACAACGAGGCCUCCACGAACUGACGAAGAAAAUGGACGUAAUUAUUAUUUCGUGUCGCACGACGAGAUGAUGGCUGACAUCGCUGCUAAUGAAUAUCUCGAAUAUGGAACACACGAGGAUGCCAUGUACGGAACGAAACUGGAAACUAUUCGAAAGAUUCAUGAAGAAGGGAGAAUGGCGAUAUUGGAUGUAGAACCGCAAGCAUUGAAAGUCCUACGUACAGCCGAGUUCGCUCCGUACGUUGUCUUCAUUGCAGCUCCAGUACUUCAAAACAUCACCGACUACGACGGUAGCCUGGAACGGUUGGCGAAAGAAUCCGACAUGUUGAAGCAAGCGUACGGACAUUUCUUCGACCUGACCAUCGUGAACAACGACAUCGAGGAGACGAUCGCCCAAUUGGAGGCAGCAAUCGAACGAGUUCACACGACGCCACAAUGGGUGCCGGUUUCUUGGGUCUACUGACAGAGGACCUCGCCAUCUCGACAGAUAGUCAACGCAGAUUGCAAUGGCUCCUCGAGAAUGAAGCAAUGAUAAAAAUAAUAACGUGAUAACGUGAUCGAGAUCGCGAUCGAACGUUCUCGAGCGAGUUGUUGAAAGUCGAAGGGAGCAACGGUGAAAGCGACGGCGAUUAAUCGUCGACGAGUCGAACGAUAUCCACAAAUUUAUAACUAUCGCCGUGUCCUUGUGAAGUGUUCAAAUAUGAGCAUCGCUCGACAUUCGACGGUACUCUUUUAUCGGAGGUUCGAGGUAGAAUAUAUUAAAAAAAAAAAAAAAAGAAAAAAGAAAGAAAGAAAGAAAUGAAAGCAGCGAUCAAAAGAAAAUAGAGAACGUCCCGAUCGAUGGCUUUGUCACGUCGAGACAUUUUCCACGCUCAGUGGAAGAGUUUUCGCGCAAACGAGUCACUUCUCGAUCAUUGUCUAUUGGACGAUGGCGAUAUUUAUCAGAUCUCCGAUCUUCAAACUUACAUCGACGAAUUCGUUCGAUCCGAAACUCGAUUCCUCGCGAGCACCCGAACCCUUCAACGUACUCCUUCAAUAUCUUCGCGAGGAAAAGCCUAUCUAUGCGCAAACUCGCUAAAUUAAAAUUAUCGAACUAGUUCUCCUUUAGAACUAACGUGACUCCUCACCAUCUCUUCUAUCUUUUACUUAUUUAUCCUUUCCCCCUUUCUCUCUGUCCUUUAUCCUCCAUUUCUCAACCUCCGAUCAACCUUUCGCUCUCUCUCUCUCUCUCUCUCUCUCUUUCUCUCUCUCUCUCUCUAUCUCUGUCUCUCGCUCUCUCUCAUUCUUUUUAACUCCUUUCUCUUUCUCUGUCUCACAAGAUUUUCAUAAAUUUCUCACACGGCGUCGUUGCGGAAAAGACGAACUUAUAAAACAAGGAACCUCUCUACGGGUACCAAAGACUACAAAAAGAGAGAAUACUAUAGAAUACUAUUUCAAAAUGAACAAAAGAAAAUGUAUCGGCCCACGAGAUUAACAAAUGAAACAAACUAUUAAUAUCGAAAAUAUCUAUCUUGAUCGAUUUGGCCGGCUCAUAUCUGCUGACUGUUGCUAUCUUCCUUUUCUCUAAGAUAAUCAUUAACGAAUAAAGAAAAAGAAGAAGAAGAAGAAAAAGAAAGAGAAAUUGAGAAAAAAGAGGAACGCAUCCCGACAGAAAAAAUACGAGUAUUUCGUCUACGACGUAAUAAAAUAAGCGUUUCGUUCGUACAAUCCUUAAAAAAAAAAAAAAAAAAAAAGACAGCAAAACGAUGAAGAAGAAGAAAAAGAAGACGAAGAAGAAGACGAAGAAGAAGAAGAAGAAGAAGAAGAAGUAGAAAAAGAAGAAAAAAAAAGAAACGUAUAAGAGAAGAAAAAUCGACCGAAGACGGUUCUCCUCGAGUCGUCAAUCGUUUUACCAAAUAGUGUUUAAGCAGUAGAUCGAUUAAACUUGAUCGGUUUCCUCUAGUAUCUAUUUCCAAUAUCUUAAACUCGUAUAGGCCUCUUUCGCCAGAAAAAAAAAAGAAAAAGAAGAAGAAAGAAGAAAAGAAAAAAAAAAGAAGUAUUCACGAAGACAGAACGAAUAAAAAAUAAAAGCGCAUGGCAGCUUCUUUCCUUUCGCAUCCCGCUCACUUUUUCCAUCCGCGACGUUCGAGCUUUUUCUAGCCACCCCUUACCAUCCCCCGUCGUCCCGCCCCCCUUCCACCCUCUGAUUCCUAUUUUCCAUCCUUUUCAAGCCCUGCAGACACGACGAACAAUCCACUUCCGCUCGUUCGUUCGUUCGAUAUUCGUCCUCCCCGUUUAGCCCUCUUGUACGCUUCAUUCGUAUCCAUUGAAUCGCUUGCCGAUGCUACAACUACCGAUCGUUUCACUCUCGCAAAAUCAAAUAAGAAAUAACGAAGGUAGGCGACCCACGUAGACGCACACACACAUCGAUCGCAAGAUGUAUUUCUCGGUUCUCUUGUUAACACCCUCGUACAAAAAGCGCACGAUCGAAGGAUGUGAAGCGAACAAGGCGCGUCUUAUUAUAAGAUAUUUAUAAAACGUAAACUCUAAUAAAAUAGAUAGUCACUACAAGCUACGUGAAAAUAAUAAUUACAAAAAAAUUAACACGCUGCUGACACGCUCUCUCUCUCCCCUUUCUCUCUCUCACAUACACACAACAGAACAGACAGACAGACAUACACACACACACACAAGGAGUACGCACACGUGUACUAAAAGAAAAUAACACGUUCAUAUACUUCCAUUGAUUUCCUAAACAAACACACAUACACACAUACAAAGCAGACAGACAGAUAGACAGACAAAAACAUAUGCGUUUCACGAGACAAGUGUUAACAAGGAUUUAAAAGAUUUAUAGGUGAAUUCAAUUGCAAGUGAUUAAAUGAAUUGUGUAAACUAAUUAAUACGAAGUACUAGGAGAGAUAAUAGGAAAUUCAUGAUCCACUAUACAUACAUACAUACAUACAUACAUACAUACAUACAUACAUAUAUACAUACAUACAUAUAUACAUACAUACAUACAUACAUAUAUACAUAAAUACAUGUGGAAAAAAUCGAUGACGAAGUGGCGAAAACGCGCGGUAUCUCGUUAUCCGGGACAACGAAGAGCGUCAUAAUUAAAAGAUAAAGUUAGGAAGGAAUAUGGUAAAAAAAAAAAAAAAGAAAAAAAGAAUAAGGAAAAAAAAGAAAAAAAAGAAAUGAAAUGAACGAUUUAACGGAUGAAUACAAAAAUCAUGCGGCUCUGUUUCGAACGCGUUCGACGUAAAUACUCGUGACCGUUUUAUGAUCUCGAAAAAAUAUACGCACAUACGCUCGUUUUCCUACGUUCUUCCUAUAUAUAGAGACAUAUAUAUAACUGGCGUACGUAGCAAUUUCUAAGAGAGAAAGAGAGAGAGAAAGACACUUGCAUUAUAAUACAUAAUAUUAUAUAUCAUUUUUAAAAAAGAUUCAAUAGAUCAUGGUAUUAAAUAAAAGUCGAAAUCCGAUCCUCUCAGGUACUUCGGUAUUGUUUAGGAAGAAAAAAGGAAAAGACGAAAGGGGAAAGUUUUAAUCUUUAACAUUUUAAGUCGACGCACGAGAAACUGUCGAAGGUGUUUAACGAAACAGAUCCCGUAAGAUCGUAUAUGAGUAUUUAAGACGAGAUAGAUCGUCGCGUGAGAGAGAAAAGAAUGGGAAAAAGAGCAAGAAGAGAGAAAACAAGAAAAGUUAGAUUUACUUAUUAGCCCGUCGGAAUGAUAGUGUUUUGCGUGCAUGGAGACACAAAAGAAGAGCAACAAAGAAAAUUAAAAAAAUUAAAACGAAGAAAAAAAAAGUACUAAUAAUUAUCGUCGGAGCGCGCGAUGAGAACGAUUCGUUAAGUGAUUUUGUAAUACACUUCUUAUAAGUUGUAGCUGCCAUAUCCAGUUUAAAUACUAGGUGCGUUGAGUGAUAAUCUAACGAUGACUGUUACGAUGAUAAUGAUUGGUGAUGGUGAUAAAUAAAAAUUACGCGAUGAUUACGAAACGGUGAUGGUAAACUGAUGACGAUUAUGAUUAUGAUAGCGAUGAUAAUGACGAUACGACGACGAUAAGGACUGUGACGAUUUACGAUAAUAAUCGUGAUGAUCCUGCGUGCUUCUAUAGUGUGCGUGUCCGUGAACGUGGGUGAGUUAUGUUAAGAUGUUGACGACGGGUCUAAAGAAAACAAUAACGGUUCAUUAAAAUUAUAUAAUUAUAAAUAAGAGGAAGAGACGAAGAGUAUUAUAAACGCGUUGUUAAUUGAAUUAAUAAAACUAGCCCAAAGUA